AUGUCAUUUCUAUUCGGGCGAAAGCCUCGCCCAAAUACGGUGGAUCUAUCGAAGCAAGCCAAGGACUUGAUAUUGAAACUUGAUGGCCCUGGAGGUGCUGCGAAGGCUGAAGAUCUGGCAAAAGCUUUAUCUCAGAUGAAGUUCAUCUUGCAAGGAACACAAGAAAUAGAAAGUACCCCCGAGCAAGUCCACCAGCUGGUAACCGGAAUGAUUCAGGAAGACCUACUUUACCUCCUUGCCGUUAAUUUAUACCGUCUUCCUUUCGAGUCGAGAAAGGAUGCGCAGGUCAUAUUCUCUUACGUUCUACGGUUCCGACCCGCGACAGCAUCACCGAAGAGCGAACCUAUGGCACUUAAAUAUGUUAUAACUAAUAGACCGGAGGUGCUGGUUGAGCUAUGUAACGGUUACGAGCACAAGGAAAGUGCCACACCUGCUGGCACGGUCCUGAGAGAGGUUCUGAAGAGCGAUGCAGCAGCAGCGAUCAUUCUGUACAAUGAUAUCAAAGAGGGAGAUAUUAGUACAAAAGGCUUGAAUCGUGUGCAGCCGGAGAUCAAGCAGACUGGAGAAGGAGUUUUCUGGAAAUUCUUCAAUUGGAUUGACCAAGGAUCAUUCGAGGUUGGAGCAGAUGCUUUCACAACUUUUAGGGAGUUAUUGACCAAGCACAAACAACUUGUAGCACAAUAUUUGGCUACCAACUUCGACCUGUUUUUCGACAAGUAUAACAACAUCUUAGUUCAAUCAGCAAGUUAUGUCACAAAAAGACAGUCGAUAAAACUCCUAGGUGAGAUUCUCCUGGAUCGAGCCAAUUACACAGUUAUGACAGCAUAUGUUGACCGAGGAGAGCAUUUGAAGAUAUGCAUGAAUCUUCUUCGAGAUGAGAGAAAGAUGGUACAAUAUGAAGGAUUUCAUGUGUUUAAAGUCUUUGUGGCGAAUCCACACAAAUCCAUGGCUGUACAGAGGAUACUACUCAAUAACCGGGAAAGAUUGUUAAAUUUCUUGAAACAUUUCUUAGAAGAUCGUACAGAAGAUGAGCAAUUCAUCGAUGAGAGAGAAUUCUUGAUCAAGCAGAUAGAGAGAAUGCCACCGCAACCAGUCGAGCCAGCACAAAAGCCAGCACUUUUGCAGGGACGUUAA